CUCAUGUUUUAUGGUGGUAUAUCGGUAUUCAUUCAUUCCUCGUGCAAAAUAUAGUAAAGUUUUGAGUUAAUAUUAUUUUUUUAAAAUCUUUAUCAAAAUGGUGAAGGCAGGAAAUCCCCUAAACUUUGUUCGCAGCAUAUACAACAACGAGUUCCAAUGGAUGCUGGUGAAGAGCUACGCCCUCUUCUUUUUGGGUGUCCGUGUGGCCAAGGAGCUGGUGGGCCUGGAACUGAUGCCGGCCGUGGGACCAGCGUAGACACAAACACGAAGACAAAACAAAACAUUUAAGGCAGUUCAAGUUAACUAGUUUAAUAAAAAGCGGGGAGAACGACUAUGUAGUUACAUUG